AUGGAGUCAGGCCACUCAGCCGAGGAGGUCUAUGGGGCGGUCGUCGCCGUCGCCGGCUAUGCCCGUAGCAUCUAUGACAGGAACGUGCUGGACAGCAUCGGCGACGACGUGUCCCUUCCCAUGAUGUUCUACGACGCUUGCUUCCUGGUGCAGUACAUGCUCACGUGCACCGACGCCGGCAUUGCCCACAUGGACCCGGCGCUGCGCAGCUUCUUCGACGCCAACAACAAGGACGUCUAUCACGACAUCAUGCAGCUCGAGAACCAGCUCCCAUGGCUGGUGGUCAGGGCCGUCAUGGCGUUCAGGCCCGUGCCAUUGAAGGAGUUCGUCGCUUCCCUGCGAGGCUGUCUGCAGGACCGCAAGGACCGGCACGAGAAGCCGUUCGUCAUGGACGACGCCUUUGAGCCGCCGCACCUCCUCGGCCUCCUCCGGUACUACAUCGUCGGAAGAAGCGACGUCAAGUUGCCUACACUACCGGAGACCGAGUCGAUGUCCUUCUCCGUGAGUGCCAUCGAGCUCGCCGAGAUCGGCAUCACGCUGACGGCCAGCAAGACGAGCGAGCUUGUCUACAUGGGCGUCAACAAGAAAGGGAACCUCUUCGCCGAGCUCUCCCUGUCGCCACUGUCCCUGGACGACACGCGCGCCAGCGUGCUGCUCAACAUGGCGGCCCUUGAGCUGUGCGUGACCCCCAGCUUUCAAGACGCCGAGGACGAGGCGUCGGCCGUCUGCUCGUAUCUCCUCCUCCUCGGCAUGCUUGAGGACAGGGAGGAGGACGUGCACGAGCUGCGGGCCAGGCGCGUCCUGCAGCGAGGAGGAGGGCUCACCAACAGGGAGGCGCUCCGCUUCCUGACGAGCGUCCAGGGACUGCGCCUUGGAUCACGCUACGUCCGCAUCAUGGAGGAGAUCGAGGACUACAAGGUGAACAGGAGGACGCGGACCAAGCUGCACGCGUUUGUUUACAGGAAUGUGAAAGUCAUCGUAGCCGUCAUCUCCGUGAUUGCUGCGCUUGCCAGUAUCAUAGGCACAAUCAGGUCUCUCAAAUCUCAAUAA